UACGACGACGAGAGAAUAGUGCGUUCCAACUAUGCCUUGCUGGUCGGGAUCACCCUGUGUUGUUAGCGUAAUUCUAUGGAUAUUUUCACUGAUAGAGUUAUUAAAAUCAAAUCCUGCCAACAUUGCGCUGAACAAGUUCUCCAAACAGUCCCAAAGUUAUGGCUACGACCGUCCAGAAAGAGGCAAUGACGGCAACACAAGCACGAACUAUGACCUGGGUUCCUGUGUCCACGGACAUCCAAGUACGGUCUAUCCCCUACCAUGGUGGCAAGUGGAUUUGGAAUGGAUGUACUACGUAACAUCCGUGGUAAUCACCAACAGAGAUCAUCACAAUGCAUGGCGUCUUCACAACUUCACAAUCGAGCUUUAUUGUGAAGACCCGACGGUUCACCUGAACGCUGCUGCUAAAGUAUGCGCCGUAUACCCAGGCACAGUGGCCUCUGGGGCAAGGGUAACUCUCACGUGUGCUCCGGGGGUGAGGGGACGUUACCUGAGGUUCCAGAAGAACAGCGUGAAAACAGAUGACGCAGUGCAAUUCUGUGAACUAGAAGCCUAUGGUUUCAACGGAACAAGGUCGACGUUCUCUGGACACCCUACCCUGCGUCUGUCAGGGACCCCGACCAGAGAGGAGACGGGGAGCCCACAGUUCUGUGGAGAGGUCUGCCAUCGCAUGCCAUGCUGUACUGGUUUCAACUUUCACAGCAUUGAGGGUUCCUGCAAGUUCAUGUCUAAUGAUAAUGGGGAACUUGUGGCUGAUGCAGCAUGGAACUACUUCUCUAGAAACUAAUGUGUAUUUAAACGAUCAGAAACUGUAUUGUACUAAUGGCAUUUUUCACAUUUCUUGCAAAAUAAUAGAGCAUGUAAGAGCAUUCCCUUUCGAGUUGACCCUAUGUUUUGUCCUCAAUUCACAUGCA